AUGGGGACACUGUCACAGUUCUGCUGGUGCCAGGACAUGCCCCCCUCACGUAGUCCAGGCCCCACAUGGAUCAGUCGUGUGGGUCAGCUGCCUGGUCAAGGUGGUGGUCGGCAGCCCCCGCACGCUGUCGUAGGCAAGUACCACCUGCUAGUGAAAAGUGGAAACAAACAUAUCUUCAAGUCUGAAGAAAACGUACCCAGGUUUCUUUUCAACCCAUGGUGUGAGGAGCUGAGAGCAUUGGGCAUCCCAGCACACAGCAUAACCGCCUACGAUUCAGCCCAUGACACUGAAAAUAGCCUCACAGUAGAUACCUACCUGAAUGAGACAGGCUCCCCUGAGGAGAGGGUGGUCAUGGACCAUGCCUUCUCUUUCCGCAGUUAUGAGAGCGAGUACAAACGACCCCAAAAAGAGGACCUUCUUUAGAUGUAUGUCCAGGCAGAUCCUGUGCUGCUGGGAAACCCUAUCAAGUUCACCAUCACUCUCAAAAGAAAGACAGACAGCUACCCCAAAGACUGUCACAUCUCGGGCUCCCUUGAACUGCAGACAUACACGGGCAAAAACGCCACCAGCCUGGGCAUCCUUCAUAAGACCACGCAGAGGCAAGGUCAAGCAUCUGAAGAGACUCUGCCCUUGGACUCCAAUACCUACAUGGGCAGCCUGUUUGAUGAUGAACCAGUCAUCGAAAGUUUCAUAAUUGCAGGAAUUCUAGAGUCCAAGGAAAUGACCGCCUCUCAGGAGUUUGCAUCUUUCCAGUACCCUGAGCUCCCUGUAGAGGUUAGCCACCUGCAGGCAGAAGGGUCUCCUGGCUGGAGUUCGGCCUUGGCUUGGGGGUGGGGCCCUAAGAAUCCUGGAGGGACCCCUGACCCCUGGUUGGCUUAUUCUUCAGGUCAAUUGCUGCCUGACGCAGGCAGAAUUGGCCAGCCACUUAUCGGCACUUACAUCUUCUAAAAUGCCCUGCACGUCCCUUUGACAGACACCAAGUCCUCUGUGGAAAGCCUGGGCGUCUCCCCGCUGCAGACCAUUGACCAAGGGACGGUGAAGCCAGGUGAGACCGUUAGAUUCCAAAUAAAAGGCAUCCCAACAAUAGCUGGACUUGAGAAAUUUAUCAAGUUUAGUUCCAAUCAGUUGAAAGAGGUUCAUGCUGAGAAAACUGUUCUCAUCACAACUAGCCUUUGCCUGAUGCCUUGGAAAGAGGCAGCAGCUCUGACUGGCUCUAAGCCUUGGCUGAGCGUUUCAGCAUUUCCUGCUUUGGGAUUAGCUUUCAGAUAAUUAGAUUUUAUUACUCAUUAGAUUUCAGAUGAUUAGAUUUGAUUACUCAUAUGAGGGCAGAUUCAAGAGCCAGCUGGGUGAAAGUUAGCAUUCAAAGGCCAACACAAACCACAGGCAGGAGGACCCACUAGGCCAGGUCAUGUGGAAUCACAGGGUAGCCUGCUGACAGCUAGAAACGCCCAGCCUGGGCCACAGAACCUCACCUCCCUGCCUUGAGUCAUGGCCUCAAAAAGCAGGGCCACCACUAUCUGCAGUCAGAACCAAAGGCGUCCACAGCCACAGAGUCCCUCCCUGGAGACACAGGCUAUCAGAAGCUGCUGCCCACUUGCCCCGUGAGGAGGGACCACCUCUUCAGUCCCAGAGUGCAUCAGCCCUGGAAGCACCAGCCAAGUAGAGUCUUCUGCCAGAACGGGGCUGGGCCUGCUGGAAAUAUAUUCUCUCCUCGCUAUUGUCUGCCUGAAAUCCCACCCCUCUUCCUUCCCUGAGGUGGGGGGGCCUACCUGAGGAAGAGCAGGAGGACGGGGCCUUUCCCUCGGAUCUCUGCACACACCAGGCCUGGGCCUGGGCCUGGGCCUGCCUGCCAAACCAGAAGCAGGACUGAGGGCCAAGUGCUGUCUGUUCACCUUUGACUUUCGACAACUUCAGGCAACUUGAAACUAUGGCACCUAAAACCCAGCUUCACAGCCCCUACGCUUCCCCAUGGUUGGUGAGCCUUCGAGGCACCUGUAGUGUAGUAGGCAUGUCCAGUCUUCCAUGUGGAAGGAACCCCAGCCCCUUGGUGGUGGCAAAUGACCCAGUGGUCCCUCCUACUUGAUGACUGAUGGUGUUGGUAAGUUAAAAUCAGGAACCUUCAAGGGGGCCAAUGCGGGGGUGGGGGGUGAGGGAGGGAGGGAGGGAGGAAGAUGGUGAACGGCCCCACCUCUCCUGGUGAGGGAGCCUGCAUACCUGCUCCCUCCAUACAGCCCCUGAACCUUCUCCAAGGAAGCCACAGCCUCCUCACCUGGUCCCAUCCAGACAUUUCACUCUCACUCUAACAACUGCAACGUCCCCCUCCUCCAGGCAGCGUUGGGAGUGAUCGGAGAGCACCCCCCCGUCAUACCAGGCAGGCCCAUCCCAGGCCCUUACCCUGCUGAGCACUCCCAGCUCACGCGGGGUGAGGACGGCCAGCCCCGUGCUCCCAGGACAUGCUGCUGGACCCCAGAUCCCCUUUUCAGGAAGGCCUUCCCUUGGGAACCAUCUUGGAUGUGGCCCUAGAUGUGGUCUGUGAAUUUGCUGAUCCUGUUGCUUCAGUUCCUCUCUCU